GUGGAGUGGGGGCUGUGGUGGGUGGCUCUAGGCGUGUCGUCUUCCAUUGGGUUCGGGAGUGGCAUGCACACCGGCUUGUUGUUUUUGUUUCCGCACAUCUUAAAGGUUUGCCAAACGGUUGAAUUGUGUGGAAACGUAGAUUUCGACACGCGGAGGAACAUUUGGUUUAUGAUGCCCACGGAGGAGUUGUUCGAGUGCGCGUCUAAGCCGCGUGCGCGCGGAGUGAGUUACGUGGACAUUUGGUUGAGCGUUUUACCUGAAUGCGUGGCGUGGGGCGUCGGCACCGCCUUCGGGGAAAUCCCUCCGUAUUGGGUUUCUUACUUUGCAGCCAAGGCUGGACGAGAAAAUAAAGAGUUGAGUGACAUCACGCACGUCGAUGCGAGCGAUAUGGAUCAGGUGCAGAAGAAAAUUCACGGAUUCAAGCUGUGGAUGAUUGCCUUCAUGAAGCGGUACGGCUUUCUCGGUUUGCUCGCGAUGUCUUCUUGGCCGAACGCGGCGUUUGAUUUGUGCGGCGUGUGCUGUGGGAGUUUUAUGAUGCCAUUUUGGUUGUUCAUCACGGCAACGACGAUGGGUAAAGGAUUUGUGAAGUCUCCGGUUCAAGGUUUGGUCUUAACUUCGCUGUUUUACAAGAAUAGUCGAGAGAAAAUCAUCGCCUUUUUCAGUGGGUGGCUUCCUGCGUCGUGGGAGGUUGACAGGACCAUGAACGCGUCGAUUAAUUCCAUGUUGCAGAAGGUUUUGGCCAGUGGACGCGCGGGAAAGAAGACAAGAAAUACGUUAGCGCUUGCGGUAUCGCCCUCAAAGCUUUGGGGUCAUUUCGUCACCGCACUCGUCGCAUACUUUCUUCUCUCGUGCCUAGAAGAAAUCGCGCGAAUGGAG